AUGGUACAUCUAGACAACAGAAAAUCUAUUAAACGACAGAAGCAGCCUACUGUUCAGUCCGAUCACGAUGAAGACAUGGACGAAUUUUCUGACGAUCCACAAGAAUUCGAACUAGAUAACGUCGCAGAUGAAUAUCCUACUGAAGAUGCUGAAGAUGAAUCUACAUACAAAGACUAUGAUGAAAAAAAAGAAAAGACUUCUGAGGAGAUGGAAAAGAAUCGACUGGCACGCACUGAACAAAAAGCUUUGACCAAGGAUCGCAAAAUGCAGCGAUCCCAUGCCCCUAUGAUUACUGAGGCUAAAGCUAUUUGGGAAGAGUUAAGACAAAAAAGACUCAAAAAGCAGGAAAGAAGAGAAUUGAUGAACCGCAUGAUGUUGCUAGUUUCUGGAAAAGCCAAGGAUAUUAUUUUCAAACACGAUGCUAGUCGUAUCAUUCAGUGCUGUCUAAAAUACGGUACGCCUACUCAACGUGAUCAAAUUGCAAAAGAACUAUCUGGCCAUUAUGCCCAACUUAGUCAGAGCCAGUACGGAAGAUUCAUUGUGUCUAAAAUCCUCAACUACUGCAGUCAAGAGUAUCGCAGCGCCGUGAUCAAGGAGUUUUACGGAAAAGUUAGAAAGCUCAUUCGACACAAGGAAGCGUCGUUGAUUCUGGACGAGGCUUACUCGCAGUUUGCUAAUUCUGCUCAACGAGCAGCUUUGAUGGAAGAGUUUUAUGGGCCAGAGUACGCUGUGUUUAAAUCUUUGGAUGGAUCUAGAACAUUACAAUCACUUCUUGAAACUGAACCAGACAAAAAGCCAACUAUUUUGCGCCAUUUACGCCAAGCAUUGGAUUCCGUUUUACAAAAGGGGUCAUUUAAUCUUGCAAAAACUCCUAUUUUGCAUCGAGCAAUCUACGAAUACAUUAGUCUUGCCGACAUAAAGGUGGCCAAGGACAUGAUUGAGCUACUCAAGGAUCAUCUUGUACACAUUUUGCACACACGCGAUGGUGCUCGCAUUGCCCAGUACUGUAUUCUCCAUGCUACGCCAAAAGAUCGUAAAAGUAUUAUCAAGUCAUUCAAAGGCUUUGUUCACGCCAUUGCUCAAGAGCAAUAUGGGCAUACUGUGCUUCUUUCCUGCUUUGAAUGUAUUGACGACACAGUUAUUGUCAGCAAGAGUUUGAUUGCUGAGCUUCUUAGUCCAUCUUCGUCAUCCCAUGCACCAGGCACGGAAAAAACUGCUUCGGGCAUUGCAACUUCUGCAGCAGGUGCUGCAGCAUCCAUUAGUGAGCUCUUGCGUAACAAGUAUGCCAGCAGGGUAAUUCUAUUUAUCCUUGAUGGCCGUAACAAAAAGUAUCAGCCAGCCUAUAUCAUUCAAGAACUAUCCAGUAUGGACUCUAUCCGUACGCAAACGACUAAAAAGGACGAUGCUACGCGCCAACAGCAGCUAUUGGCUGCAUCUGCUCCAUUGAUUGUUCAAGCUGUUGCAGCUCAUGCCAACGAGCUGCUGCGUGAUCGUACUGGCGGACAAGUAAUUGUUGAAACUCUAUACAAGCUGCAUAUUGAUGUUUCGUCAGUGACAAAUGCCAUUUUGAAAUUGGUUCCCGAAAAUCUGGAUCCACAGGGUAUUCGGCACUCUACUAAAACUAUUUUUUCCGAUGAUAAUGAAAAAGAUGCAGAACAAGCUGAGUCUGCUGAUCAGACUAUGGACAAUCUUACAGAAAACAACCUUGAAUCGACUGCUUCAGAUCAAGAAAAGUCGACUAAACUCUUCAAUGCUGUCUCAAAGCUCAAAUCGGAACACGAUGCUGCCAAUCUUCAAGCACAAGGUUUAGAUAUGGAUUCUUCGCUUUUUGUCAAUCGUGCAUCAACAUGGACACUUAAGCAACUGGUAGGUAGAUUCCAAGCAGGUGCAUCUACUCGUGUAGCCUUGGUCGACGCUAAUGCUGACUCCAAGUCGGCUACAAAUAGUACUUUAGCUUGGCAACCUGAAUUUGCAUCAUCGCUAUUUGAUCUUGUUGCUCCACACUUUCCUACUUGGUUGGAAUAUUGUGCCAAAGAUCCCAGUUCCAGAUCUGGUACUGCAUUGAUUUUUGUUGCUAUGUUUGAAACCGCACGCGAAGCUGACAAAAGCUUGACAGUAUCAAAGGAUCUGAUAAAGCGCAUGAAAAAAUCUGCAACAAAGGUGAACUUCAACACUCUGAAAUUGACCAUUAAAAGCGCAAAGGAUGCUAAAAGUACUGAGAAUGCCAAAAGUGUGCCUUUAAAAAAGACUUCAAAGAGAAAAAUUGGUAAUAGCGAAGGCAGUGAAACAAAAACUGCCGAGCCAUCUAUGUUUGCCAUCGAGACUCUUAUUUCUUAUCUGAGUUAG